GGGAUUUUCCAGCCAUGACGUCCCAAGUUUUCCAACAACCCUGUCACUUCGACAUCAUGGCGUAGCGAUGUGGACGGUCGGGGGUAACACUGGUGGGUACGGAGAAGUUCAGAAACCGACCGCUGUGGAGUUUUUGUAAACAAUAGAGGAAACAAACUAACGGAAAUCCCGAAUUCUUUUCGAGCAGAGUUUCGGUUCAUCAGUGAGUGAAGAUGAUGGCUGAUGCCAGCGACAUGUUGGCAGCUGCCCUGGAGCAGAUGGACGGCAUUAUAGCAGGCUCCAAGGCUCUGGACUACUCCAAUGGGCUGUAUGACUGCCAGUCACCCACCUCUCCUUUCAUGGGCAGCCUGCGGGCGCUUAACCUUUUGGAAGACCUGAGGAGUGUCCUGGAGAUGAUGGACACAGAGGAAAGGGAGAGUCUACGCUGCCAGAUCCCUGACUCCACAGCUGACAGUCUGGUCGAGUGGCUUCAUGGUCACCUGUCCAAUGGGCACCUCUCUCUGAGUGGGGGUGACCACUACCAGGAAAGGCUAACCCGAAUAGAGAGUGAUAAGGAAUCUCUGGUUCUUCAGGUGAGUGUGCUGACAGACCAGGUGGAGGCUCAGGGAGAGAAGAUUCGAGACCUGGACUUGUGUUUGGACGAGCACAGGGAGAAACUCAACGCCACUGAGGAGAUGCUGCAACAGGAGCUUCUGUGCAGAAGUGCACUGGAGUCGCAGAAGCUUGAGCUGAUAUCCGAAGUGAACAACCUAAAGCUGAAGCUGAAUACCAUGGACAAGGACAGACUUGACUUUGAUGACAGAUUUAGGGACAGUGAGGAUUUGAUUCUUGAAAUUAAUGAACUGCGGUACAGAUUGACAGAGCUGGAGAGUGAAAAAGUACAGUAUGAAAAGAAACUUAAAUCCACAAAGUCGCUAAUGGCUAAGCUUUCUAGCCUGAAAAUCAAAAUGGGCCAGAUGCAGUAUGAGAAACAGAGGAAGGAGCACAAACUCCAGGCUAUGAAGGAGGAGCUAGCCAUACUGAGGAGGCAGCUGGAGGGCUCAGACGGAGAGAUGAGGAGGCUACAGGAUGAGACAGGCUUCAAAGCCAUGGCCUCGAGCAGCUCAGAUCCCACAGAGAGAGGUGGGAAAGCCGGUGGAAUCACAUGCCUUAUCUCUCAUCCAGAUGAAACUCUUAGAAAGAGGCUGAAAGAAAAACAUGUGGAAGUGCAGAGAAUGAAAAAGGCAGUUGAGUCGUUGAUGGCAGCCAAUGAAGAGAAGGAUCGUAAGAUUGAGGAACUGAAACAGUCGCUGCUGCGAUAUAAGAAAGUUCAAGACAUGGUUAUGUCAGUGCAAGGGAAGAAAGAAAAAAGCAAAGACAACGAGCAUGUCGAGAGUCCUAGUGAUGGAUCCAUCGCAUUCAUGUCAACCUACCCUGUGUCUGUGGAGUCAGAAAAGUAUGAAGUUACAGAUGUUGAGCAAAUGAAAAGGAGGAGCCCAGAUGAGCUGGAGAACCUCAAUGGACUGAGUGAAGAGCCCUCACCAACACCGAGCCCUUCAGACCCAGAACGAGUGUCAAAGUCUGCACCAACAGACGAAGAAAGCAGCCAAGAUGCCACAAAGACUGGCAGCCAGGACCAGCUGGAUAAGAGCAAUAAUGAAAAGAAUACAAGUGAAGAGAUCAAUAAAAUCAGUGAAAAGCCGCCCAUGGGUCCCUCUGCCACUUUGCCUGCUACCGUAGAGGACGACAGCUUUGGCUCAAGAAAGGCUCGUUCAUCCUUUGGAAAGGGCUUCUUCAAGAUCCGUGGGGGCAAGAAGACAAACAGUACUCCUAACCUUGACCGCAGCCGGAGUGCGAGCGCGCCUAUGCUAGCUGAAACAGAGCGACAGGGCACUGACCAUCUGGAUCUGGCCGGGCUGCCACAGAGAUCAACCAACAGCGACAGUACCCACACACUCCCCACGACCCCGGAGGGCAGGAAAAAAUCCAAAGGAAUAAAGAAACUCUUUGGGAAGUUAAAAAGGAGUCAGUCUACCACCUUUAACCUGGAUGACAACCUACCAGAGGGUGAGUUCAAGAGGGGUGGAGUGCGAGCCACAGCAGGACCCAGACUGGGUUGGUCUCGUGACCUCCAAAGAGCCAACAAUGAUGUUGAUGCUCCCUUUGCACGCUGGUCAAAGGACCAGGUGUGUGACUGGCUGCAGGGGCAGGGUCUCGGCCUUUAUGUGAACAUGGCCCGUGUGUGGAUCUCCUCUGGACAAACGCUGCUACAGGCCUCCCAACAGGACCUGGAGAGGGAGCUGGGCAUCAAACACCCGCUGCACAGAAAGAAGCUGCAGUUGGCCCUGCAGGCCCUCGGCUCAGAGGAGGAGGAUAAUAAGGGAAAGCUGGACUACAACUGGGUGACGAGAUGGCUGGAUGACAUCGGUCUGCCUCAGUAUAAGACCCAGUUUGAUGAGGGGAGGGUAGAUGGUCGCAUGCUGCACUACAUGACAGUGGAUGACCUGCUUUCUCUGAAAGUAGGGAGUGUCCUGCAUCACCUCAGUAUCAAGAGAGCUAUCCAAGUGCUCCGACUUAAUAACUACGAGCCCAACUGCUUGCGUCGUAGGCCAUCUGAUGAGAACAAUAUUUCUCCAGCAGAGAUUUCCCAGUGGACAAACCAUCGGGUUAUGGAGUGGCUGCGGUCUGUGGACCUCGCUGAAUAUGCUCCCAAUCUGAGAGGCAGCGGUGUGCACGGAGGCCUGAUGGUUUUGGAGCCACGGUUCAAUGUUGAGACCAUGGCUUUGCUGCUGAACAUCCCCCCCAACAAGACACUGCUGCGCCGUCACCUCGCCACACAUUUCAACCUGCUCAUUGGCUCAGAGGCCCAGCAGCUCAAACAGGAGUGUCUUGAAAACCCAGACUACACUCUGCUUACUGCCACUACUAAAGUCAAGCCAAGGAAACUGUCGUUUGGUAACUUUGGCAGUCUGAGGAAGAAAAAGCAUGAAGACAACGAGGAGUACGUGUGUCCGAUGGAUGUGGAGAUGCCAAAGGGACGAAGCUUUCAGAAAGGUUUCGAGCUCCAAAUCUAUGAGGACGACCUCGACAGGCUGGAACAGAUGGAGGACUCUGAGGGAACUGUGAGACAGAUUGGAGCGUUCUCUGAGGGGAUUCAAAACCUGACGAGCAUGCUAAAGGAUGAUGAAUUCUUCAAAGAGGCUUCAAAUUCACCGAACCCCAGCGUAACAGACGAGGACUCCAAUGCAUGAGACUGCCAGCGCCACGAGACCUGGUCCUGCUGUGAUUGAAACUCUGUGCCAAUCCUCUCCACUCGCACACAGACUUGUCUCAACAAACUCCCCAAAUGCUCCCACAUUUCUUUUUUUAGUGUUACGUUCAAAGAUGAGCCAAAAGUAUUAGUGUCUUUGUUUUUUCAGUUUUAAACGACGGUGUUGUGAAAGCCUGCAGUCCAGUCGCCACUAUCACUCCUGAACUUUGUCUCCAUCACUGUCGUCUGAUGACAGUGGGAACAUGUAGGGCAACACCACUGCUCGCCUGCCAGCUGGUUUCUGGAGAUAUUUUGUACUCAGUUGUGUUUUGGCACAUUUCUAUUUUUGAUAGAACAGAAGUGUCAACCAGCAGGAAAAAGACAUCUAAAAUAAGCCAAUAUAGAUUUUAAUAUAUGUCUUUUACGUUGCCUUCUGACUGUAGAAAUGUUGAAAAAAAGAAGUGAUAUGCUGAGAAGAUUUUUCCCUCUUUUUUUUUGGGUGUAAAUUGAUAACUCCGAAACAGCUGCUAUGUUUUCUACAGAACUAAACCCUGCUACUUACAUGGGAACUGUCAUAUUUUAUCCUACGCUGAACAUUUUACAGGUUUUUGCUCAACAGUAAUACUCUACAUGUAUUUGCACCAGUACAUAUCAUACAGUACAAACCCUAAUAGGUAUCAUUGCAUGGUAUUGGAAUUCAACACAUUUAUAUAAGAGCUUUUUGUUUAUUUUAUUUUUUACCAUAAAUUGAUUUUUGAUGGACCCCUGUUGGCUGACACAGGUAUUUUUGGAAAGGUUUGUGAGAUAAUGACGGGUUUUUUCAAAAAUAAUAGUGAUGCAACCCUCGACCAUAAAGGAGAAGUUAAACCUUUUUUUUUUUUUUGUUGUUUUUUACGUUUAUCCAUUUUUAAGAUCAAUAAAGUAAUUUAAAUCAGUUUGGGUUUUCAUCAGACGUCUUUAACAUAGAGGACGAGUGAGAUGAUGAAAUGAUGAAAAACUGUCCUAAAGACAUGGCUGUUUAAAGAGUCUAAUGUGAAUUAUUUCCUACAGAUAGAGGCAAUAAAUUGAAAGCAUAUCACCUGCACUCCUCUGUAUUGAUAUUAUAGCUCAACUUUGAUUGUGCUUACUGUUUGGAGAAAUAUAAACUGAGCAACCUGCAAGACAAGUGUACUUAAGAGACGAGGGAGGACACCACAGCAAACAGCUCACAGGUAACUACACUGUAAUUGAGAUUUCAGAUUUCAAAACUACAUCAGAUGACUAAAACUUUUCGAAACUA